AAGGCUGACUUUCAGUAUCCCCGACGCUCCUGACCCCUUGCCUGCGAGAAACGCUCUGAGCUGGAGGAACCAUGACGACCACAGGGCUGAGAAUGCUGACCGCCCUCACCUGCGUACUGGCUGCAUGCGCCAACACAACGCCUGUACCAGACUUCAGCCUGGAGAAGGUUGCAGGAAAGUGGUACAUGGCUGGCUUUGCAACCAAUGCGCAGUGGUUUGUGAAUCAUAAAGACACAAUGAAGAUGGGUAUUGCCAUGAUGGUGCCCACUGAUAUAGACGACCUGGAUCUCUCUUAUGCCACACUGAAUGCUGAUGGGACCUGCUGGAGGAUGACUCACCUGGCGAAGAAAACAGACACUCCUGGACGCUUCACCUUCCACAGCCAGGUCUGGAACAACGACAAUGACAUGCGCUUUGUUGACGUUGUGUACGACAGCUAUGCUGUGGUCCACACCAUCAAGACAAAAGACGGAGUUUCAGAGGUUCUCAACAAGCUCUACAGCCGUAGUCCUGAGAUCAGUGCUGACCUGCAGCAGAAGUUCACUCAGUUCUCACUGGACACUGGCAUCCUUGCUGAAAACAUUGUUACUUUCCCACAGAACGGUGAGUGCCCUGAGGCCCCAGUAGACCCCAACCCAAUUUAAAACGUCCAUCUUCAUCGCCUCUUUUCUGAAGUCCAGGGUUUUCAUCUCAAAGGCAUCUUCUCUCCCACCUAACUGUGUCACCUGCUGUGUCACAAAGCUGCACCUCAGACUAUAAAUGUAGAGCUUUUAAUUCUAUUUCUCGCUGCAUGCCAAAGAGGAGCUGAUCCUAGCUCAGUUGGUAUUCUUUUUCUAUUGUGCAUUAACAUCAGAGUGGAACAAUAAAGUAUUCACAGUGGCUUACACAUGUCAUGUCAUGUAGACCAAUGAAAAGAUUGUUUUGUAUUUUCUUUCCUUUUUUAAAUAAACAGUUUAAAGUCAAUAAAAUCAUUAAAA